AUGCUUAGCCUUAGUUACAGUAUCUACAAUGCUGUCUUUGCUGUGGCUAAAGCCUUACAAGCUGCUCACACAAUUAGGACACAUCAGAACAUACAAAAGGGCAGGGAUCAAGUGCGAUCCAAGAUUGUAGAAGCCUGGCAGCUCCACUCAUUUCUGCAGAGAAUUUCCUUCAACAACAAUGCUGGAGAUGAAAUUAAAUUAAAUGAAGAAGGGGUCCUAGAGGCUGGAUUUGACAUUGUAAAUUUGGUUACUUUCCCAAACAACUCCUAUAUCAACAUUCCAGUUGGAGAAAUGGAUCCACGAGCUCCUCCAGAAGAAACCUUCUGCAUACAUCCAGACAAAAUUCAGUGGCAUCAUGAAUUCACUCAGCUGCCUCCUCUCUCUUUAUGUAAUGAUCCUUGUCCUCUUGGAGAAAUAAAGAACAAGAUUGAAGGGCAAUCAUUUUGCUGCUAUGCUUGUGCUUCCUGUCCAGAAAAGAUGAUAACCAAACAAAUGGACAUGGAGAUUUGUGAGAGUUGUCCAGAGGAUCAGUUCCCAAACCAAGCUCACGAUGAGUGUAUUCUAAAGACAAUGAAUUUCCUCUCCUUUGAAGAGCCACUGGGCAUCAUUCUGGUGUCUCUGGCUCUUCUCUUUUCCUUCUCCACAGGUCUUGUGCUUGUAAUUUUCAUCAAGCAACGGGACACUCCCAUCGUCAAAGCCAACAAUCGCAACCUCACUUACCUUCUACUUACAUCCCUCUUUUUUUGUUCCCUUUGCUCACUUCUGUUCAUUGGACACCCCAAUAGGGCAACAUGCUUCCUCCGACAAACAACAUUCGGCAUCAUCUUCUCUAUUGCAAUCUCUUCUAUAUUGGCCAAAACUAUCAUGGUCAUUGUAGCAUUCCUAGCAUCAAAGCCAGGAAGCCUAUUCCAUAAAUGGGUGGGGCAAAAGUUGGCCUACUCUAUUAUCUUGUUCUGCUCCUUCAUUCAAGUAGGAAUUUGUAUUGGUUGGCUGGCUACUUCUCCCCCAUUUCCUAAUUUAAACAUGGAGGCACUCCAUAGAGAAAUCAUAGUAGAAUGUCAUGAAGGCUCCAUCACCAUGUUUUACUGUGUCUUGAGCUACAUGGGCCUCUUGGCCCUUCUCAGCUUCAUUGUGGCCUUUCUAGCCAGGAAGUUGCCAGACAGUUUUAAUGAAGCCAAGUUCAUCACUUUCAGCAUGUUGGUUUUCUGCAGUGUUUGGGUGACUUUUGUCCCCACCUAUACGAGCACCAAAGGGAAAUAUAUGGUGGCUGUGGAGAUCUUCUCUAUCCUUUCUUCCAGUGCUGGCUUACUGGGAUGCAUCUUCAUCCCCAAAUUCUAUAUAAUGAUAUUUAAACCUGAGCUCAACACUAGAGAGCAUUUAAUACAUAAGAAAUAG